UUUUAUGACGCGACCUUUUGGUGCAGGGUAGGCUUACAUAUAUAAGUGCGUCUGUGUCAUCGUACCAGUUGACUUAAUUGAAGUGGUUACAUGCAUCCAUCGAUCGUCUCUCCCGUUUUACUUUUUAGUGCCACGAUUUCAAAGAUAGUUCUUGAUUAUUCAGGUCAACAACUCAAGUGCAAGGCUUGUAUAUCCUUACAAACCCAGCCUAAUCUCUUUGAUCUGCCAUGCAAUAUGAGCAAUCUACCAGAAGUGACGUGCUGGAACAACAUGACCGCUUGUGGACGCGCUACAAUCAAUGGGACGGGAAUAGUAGAUCCCAGUCUACCUUCAGUGACCUUCAGUGCCACCAUUUUGGGAUGUGUGCAGACAAUCAAAAGUAAUACAUGCAGUGAAGAUAAUGAUGCCCGAUCCGACUUGCUCGGAAAUAUUUUGAAUUAUCGCGAUGACUAUGGUAUCACUGACACAGCGGCUCCGUUGGUAGGACGUUUGCCAAUGAUAUUUCAGGCAGACACAACCCAGCUGGAUGCAAACAUUGUAUGCCCCCUCAACGGGACUAUUGUUGGAGGGGCUGGGUCUCUGCGUACCGACGUCGUCGUCGUCAUUGCUGCUCUUCUCAUGGCUAUUUUUGCUAAGGAGUUUUAAGAUUGUAGGGACUCUUCUGGUUCUUCUUAUUCUUCUUCUCCUCUUCCUCCUCCCCUCUUCUUCUUUUUUUCUUCUUCUUCUCCUUCUUCUUCUUCUUCUUCUUUUUUUUAAAUUCAAAUAAACAAAUAGUGCAUUAGCGGCAUGCAUUUUGUUUCUCGAAGUGAAAUUAGAAAAAGAUUUGGGUUUUUUGUUAACAUAUUAUAUAUUAUUAUUAUUAUUCAUAGAGUACUGUAGCUUAUGAAGCUAAUUUAAAUGUGCACAUUCGCUGGAUUCAAGAGGGCGCUGUAGGACGGUGCUGUAAACACGGGUCUAAUGCUGCUUUUGACGAGAGGUUUCACGGGCCUAAUUACAACUGGCAGGCAAAAGAUAUUCAUUCGAGUCAACCCAUUCUCAAUUUUCAAAUUUGAUAUUGCUGAUUGACAAAAAUGAAUGAAUAUGACUGACAAUCUAACACUGAUUCUAGGGAGGGUACCUACUGAACUUCCUUUUUCCAAAUUGGAAAGAUAUAUCACUACUUUGGAACUAUUUUGUUACUGGUGGAAGAAUUAGGACCAUUUUACUCUCUCAAGUGAUGAAUUUGAUCCUGUCAGGUGUAAUCUUUAUAAAUGCCGAUUUAUUUUUAAAAUGAGCCGGUCGAGGUACCCUUUUCUGGUCAGAUAUGGAAUGUCAGAUAUAUAUCCUGUCCACUGGUAGUAAACAUUCAACCCUCGAAUUUCCUCUUUAUCUUUUAUGAUUUUUUUCAAAGUGCCACUUUAACACACGAGUCUUUGGGAAAUGAAUUAGGCAUGUGAUACCUAUAUCGGCGUACGUUGGCCCAAACAUCUGAUGACGCCACUUCACAAAACAGAAGGUUUCGAAAAGCAGCCAAAGCGUACGCAACUGAGAAUCAAGGGUUUGGGCAUUCAGAACAUGACAUCUGCGUGAGCGUCGUUUAACUUUGGUGUCAAUGAUCUGCUCGCACCGUCGAUUGCAGCGCGUAAAUACAAUGAAUGUCCAACAGCUCUCUCUUAAAUCCUGGCAACGUGCAAUUGUAGGUUCUUUUAACUUCAAAUGUAUACAGUGCGUUUCAGAAAAAAGAGUAAUCCAAAUAUAGAGGGCUGAUAUUCGUAUCAUAUUUCAUUUCGUGAAAUUAUUCUGCAUGGAUAUGAGAAAAGAACACCUCAGCUCUCAAUUGAUACCCUAUUUGUACCAUCUGUGUCACGCAUGACCGAAUUAAUGUUAAUGACAAUGGGUGAAGAUGACACUUUUUCCAAGUUUUGGUAAAGAGGGUAAAAUCUGCACAUGAUAGAAUAGGAUGUUUUUGAGGUUUCCAAGUAAUUUUUGGAAUGUAGAGUCAAGGCAUUCCUCUGAAAUGAUGUUUGAAAGGUUGAUGUCUUAUUCACCCACACCUUCAGCGUGUCCUCCUGCAUGUCCUCCCGUCUCCUUUGCACACAAAGCCGGCACCGUGGAAGGAUAUCUUAAGGCCACCGCACACCUUACGACUGGUCUGCGACCCGAUUUCAGAAUAAAAUGUAAUAGAAUUUGAUGCUAAUAUUGAGACUUGGAAUAUCUUACUGUGUAAUGUUCUAAAUCAUCGUACGAAUACCUAUGAUCAAAUUUGUGACUAUGCUAUCAUCCUUCUUAGAAUAAAAGCGAAUUUAAUAUCUAGUCGUAAUGACGUCAUAGCAGUCUUACGAUUGGCUACGAUUUGAACCUAAUUUGGACUUUACUCCAAAAUAAGGGCUUGCAAUCUUUCAAAAUUGUUAUAAUAUUAUUAUUUCAAUUAAUUUCAACCUCAAAUAAAGUGAUAUGUUCUCUUCACAUCUUCAGAAAAUGAGCAAAAUGCGAUUUGUUCCUAAAUCGGGUCGCAGACCAGUCGUAAGGUGUGCGGUCGCCUUUAAACAACUCGUCUCACCAUUGCUGGAUCAAUGCGCAAAGCUUCCACCUCAAGUUGAAUUCGGCCCUCCAAAUCAUCAAUAUCUUGAGGAGUUGCGAACCAAGUUGCGAACACCUUGGUUUUCUUUACGUGUCCCCAAGGGAAAUAAUCACAGGGCAUGAUCUCAAGGUCAUGCAAUCUUGAUAGCCAUUCUACGUCAUGGUUGAGGGUAACAACUCGAUGUCCAAACAGUUUUCUUAUAGUCUAUCACGAAUGGUGAUGGAACGAUGCGCAGGAGCGCCAUCCUGGAUCCACCUGUACACUCCUCGAACAUGUCUCUCAAAAUGUUGAUCCAACUGUGUCACGAUCUCCUCGUCAAUCAUCUGCAAGUACAAUCGCCCAUUUGCACUCCCUUGGAAGAAAAGGGGGCCAAUCAAAAUAUUGUUGCCAACUCGGGCAUCGAUGAAAGUAUUCACAUCAGCCUCGACCCUUUCAUCAAGUUUUCAAAAACUUCUAAAAAGGGGUAUCUGCAUCUUUUGUCUUCAACAUCAGUUAAUUUGGUCAUGCUUGACACAACUGGUACAAAUAGGGUAUCAAUGGAAAGCUGAGGAGUUCUUCUCUCAUAUCCAACCAUAUGAUUUUAUAGAAUUAAAUGGGCUUUAAAAAUCGGCUCCCUCGAUUUGGAUUACCUUUUUUUCUGAAACGCAUUGUAUAAUUAGAUAUAUCGGACACCGUUUAAACGGAUUAUUGUUUUACGUACGAAAUUUCUAAAACUAAUCAAUAUCAAUGUUUUAGCUAGUGAUACAUCUAAAGUAUAUAUCGAUACAGACAUAUUAUAAUCAGAGUACAUGUAAGACCCCAAGCUGUUAUUUUAUUACGAGCACAUUUAAUGAAAUUUUCGAAUAAUUAUUUUGUUACUGUCUUUUGAGUGGGAAUGAUCGGGCUGGCAGUUCAUUGCAGUUGUAAAUUGGUUUUCAUAUUUCUGUUUGUACACUAAACGAAAUAGGCAGAUAGGAACAACUACCCACACUCGUGGUUGAUAGGAUGACCGCAAAUAGUGAAUGCUGUUACGCUGUGCACGUUAAAAGGUAGAGUUAGCUACAUUAUCCACAUUUAAUGGCGCAGAGUAUGUUGUAGGUGCAAAAUUUCUACUUUUUUAAAGAAACCAUAUUUUACUGCACCUUGAACAUUAAGGAGACAUAUGAGAAAUUCCGUGCGCUAACAAGAUAAAAAAGCCGCAUUUUUGUAGGCCCAUCCAUUCUCCCCGUAAUGUGUUGCAACUUGCAAGAAAAUAUUUUCAAUCAGUUGCAAAUUUUAGAUACAAGUUUACAGGUGAUAGAUUGAUUUUAACUAUAAAAGGUCAAGUCCACCUCAGAAAAUUGUUGAUUUGAAUGGAUAGAGAAAAAUCAAACUAACAUAACCCUGACAAUUUCAUCAAAAUCGGAUGUAAAAUAAGAAAGUUAUGUCAUUUUAAAGUUUUGCUUAUUUUUCACAAAACAAAACAACUAUCGAUGUGCAAAUGAGAGAGUCGAUGAUGUCACUCACUAUUUAUUGUGUUUUUUAUUGUUUAAAUUAUAAAAUAUUUCAAUUUUCACAGAUUUGACAAUUGGGACCAACUUUAUUUAACCACAAACUGUUAAUAUAAUGGUAAUUGCACAUGUUCAGGGAGGCAUAAAGUUUUGUUCCACAUGACGAUGAGGAGAAAAUUCGAAUUUUUCAUAUUUCAUAUAAUAAAAUACAAAAGAAAUAGUGAGCGGGUGACGUCAUCUGUCUGCUCAUUCGCAUACCGACCAGGAUUUGCAUAAAACUGUUUAAAAUGUCAUAACCCUAAAUUUUCAGUGUUGUGUUUGUUGGAUUUUUCUCCUUUUAUUGAAACCAACUUUUUAUUGAGGUGGACUUGUCCUUUCAAGGCAAAUCAAUUUAUACUUGUUGAUAAAAAAGCUGACCUUGAAAUGCGAUCAAUGGCAAGUACCUUGCGACAUCCCCAUUGGUGUGUAUAGAAUGUAUGUGAUCUCCUUCAGAAUGAGUUGAUUCUCCAACCUCUGACAGCUGUAUCAGCAGAGACCAGAGAAGCGUUUCAUUCAAGGGUUUGAUCCGACACGGAAUCCUUUUUUAUCCUUCCUUUACCAUAGUAACACUGCUUCUAAGCCAAUCAGAAUCAAGAAAGGAUCUGACAACUCGUCGGAUGAAAAUGUUAGUGAAACGCCCCUCAGUGUUUCGUUUUAUGAAAGCUUGCCAUCUCUACGGAAAGCAAAACUGGACGAUAGGCUGAUUGGACAAAAUGCAGACGCAUGGAAUGUGCGAAGCAUACGUCUGUUCACAAAAGAUUAAUGUCUAGCUUGGCUUUCCAUAGAGAUGGUGUCAAGCUGGAGUGUGACACUUUCACGAGGCGGGCCCGUUUAGUUAUAGUGUCAACUAUGGUUACUUGGCCAUCAUAAGAACUUCCAUGGUAACUUUGAUUGACUGCCAAGCCCUGUCACGAUGGUAGUUGCCAUAAUAAGCCAGUUCGUAGUUCCUUUCUGCGCAUGAUCAACAGAUUCUACGCAUGAUCAGAGGAAGGUCAUUUGUACUAAUGUGACAUGGUGGUUUAAAAUCUAAUGAGAUAAGCACCAACUUUGAUGUCUUGAUUAUUCAUAUAUUCUUUUGAAUUGUGGUUUUCAUUUACAUCCACAAAAAACAACAAUGCGUCCACGAACGACUGGUAUUUCACAGUUUGCCAAGUACAUUGUGCAACAAGCUAUGAUAUGCAUUCAAAGUAGGAAUGCAACAAAUACCUUCAUAAAGUGUUCAUUGGUGUGCUAUUCUAGUCACCUGGUCUAUUCAAUUUCAUCAUCCUGCUAUGUAAGGCAAGCUUACGUAAUAUCUUGCUUUGAAAUCUGCCUAUCAUAAUGAAAGAAAUAAAAGGUCAUUUGACCAAAAUUUUCCAUGAAGUAACUACGAACUGGUCUAUUAAAUUCAAUAAUUAUACACUGUCCCACGUGCGCUUAUCUGUGUUGGGGAAGUUCAGUCUGAACAUUAUUCAGCGUAGAUUUCAAGAUUUCACAAAGUUCAGUUUAUGUAACUGUACCAGAUCUAGAUCCUCGAUGAUAAACUGACAAUUAAGCCUGGUUUUACAGACUUUCUCAUGAAAUCAGUGUUUACUGCAACUACUGGAAUUUCUCUUUAAAGUGACAAUCAUUCUGGAAAAAAAAUUUUUUAGGGGGUGGUGCUGGAGCACCCCUUUAAUAGAAAGUACAAUAUUUCUUUGUCGUUUUGCAUAGAAACUAUAGGCUGUAUCCUAACGUCAUUUAUUAUAUUUAUUCUAUCAAUUUGUGUUGCAUUUUACCAAUGUCCUGGGGGCGUUUCAGAAAGCGCUGCAAUCAAACGGAACUCCAAAAAUCAAACGUAAAUUGACGUUCAGCCAAUGAAAUGCGCGCAUGAGCGACAUACGCUUGAUAUUUUGAUUUGCGUUUAAUGGCAAUUCAUUCUGCAACGGGUCGCAUAUAGGCAUUCAGUGUAUUUGAACGUGUUGGGGGAAAGGAUUACAUUGAUAACCGGUGGAUGUUUCAUAAAGCUGUUCGUAAGUUAAGAGCGACUUUAAGAACGACUGGUGAUCCUUUCUUGUAAACGGUAGAUUCAGUGGGGAUGGUUUAGCGCGUAAGAAAGGAUCACCAGUCGUUCUUAAAGUCGCUCUCAACUUACGAACAGCUUUAUGAAACGGCCCCCUGGUAUUUUGUUACACUCCGUAUAAGUAAUAAAAAGUCUUGCGUAAGUCCCUCAUGCGCGCAUUUCAUCGGUUGAAAGUCGAGUACCGAUAGAUUUUUGGGAGUUUGGUUUGAUUACGACUCUUUAUGCAACGGGAACCAGUUUGCCUAUAUAAACGGAAUACGUGCAGUCAAUAUUUAUCGAUUAUUUUGGGUUUUUUUAAUGCUGAUUUUUUUAAUAUACUGAAAUAUAUACUAACAUAAUAUAAUGAUCGAUGUACUAUUUGUGCCAUGUUCCGGAGUGGAUUGGAGUUGAGUCUCGAUGUCUAUGUUUUAACUUGGAGAUCUAUGAAGCUGAAACCAUUCAUACUUUCAAUAUAAUAUGUAUUCUGAAAAAUAAUACAAAAAGUGUCAACGUGUAAAAAGGUACUCUCUGAAUUUCAAGGAUUUAAAAUAAAUCAAUAUCGGCUUUUAAA